AUGCUAACUAAGAUCCUUCGUAUGAAGUUUAUUGUAAGCUUUCCCUGCAGAUACUGGCUUUCUGAUCCCUCUUUCCGCAAUCUAAAGCACCGCAUUGGCAGUUCCGUUAAACUGGACACGACGAUGUCAGUGUCUCCACAUCCAUGCACUAAAUCCAUAAGCCUGCGAUUUAUAUAUAGGAUCCUAGAGUUACAACUGCUGAAACCUCUGAAUACGGGAAUCCAUUUAGGAAUACUAUUAGAAAGAGUUCCUGAAAGAUACAGAGCACACAAGAUCUACUUUGAUAAGGUAAUGUUGCUAGGUCUCGCAUUGAAAAUCUUAGAGAAGAGCGGCCGGUUACCACCACAAAUAUAUGGAAAGGACGAGCAUCUCCAUUUAGAGAUGAAUGACUGCAAGGACCAUGUAGUCUGCGCUCCAAUCUCUUUAAGUCCGCGCCAAAUAUCUGAUCUUGCCGCCUGCGACACAAAUCUCUCUAUUGUGGCCACGGGCUUGGAUCUAGAUUUCUUUAGUUGGUUGAGCCUUGGCCUGCCUGGUCGUCUACUUGAAUGUGCAGGCUUGAGGCGAUCUUGCGCCAUGGCGUGCGGUUUGUUGUCGUGGCUUGGACGCAUCCACUCCGAGCAAGAGAAGUCAGGAUGUUAUGGAAUUCUCAGCGACUUUCAUCGAUCCUAUUUCUGGGACGAGACGCGCAGAGGCUUUGCUAUUCCUAGUAAGCCGGAUUCCAGUAGCAUUGGGGAUGCUGCAGAUUAUGAGGGGAUGAAGUGCGAAGUUCUCUAUUAUGGUCUUGACAGAAAGAGCGCUAUGGUAAGUCUUUUGGGGAGGCUCUCGGCUGCUCGAAGAUGUUUCGUGGCAAGCUUGUAUCCAUAUAUAUCACUAAUUUCCUUUGUAAACACACCCCAAGGCUUCGGAUAUGUGAUGGGCAGGUAUUAG